UUCAAGUAAGACCCUAACAUUCGACGUGAUCUGUUCGGUCGCUGACGUCUGGGAAUUCGUUGCGCGUCGUGGGAAUUUUCUUAGAGUUUGAAGGAAGUUUUGUGACUACUGACGUACUCUCCAUUGAAGCAGGAACAGAAAGGUCAGGAUGGCAUCAUCGGGUUCUAGGUCUCCUACUGAAGUUCUGGUCAGUUCCGAGUCUCCUACCGAGGUUCUAGUUGGCAGCCGACAAAGUGUGAAGGUCGACAGGGUUGAAGCACGACCGCUGGGCAUGGGAAGCAGCCAGACUAACUUAACCCAAGUAGCACGGCCUAAUCUUCGCCAGGAAAGGGAAGAUGGGAAACCUGCCAUUUCAGGUGAGCACCACUCUGGGACAGGUGAGAGGCCUGACGCGCCAACACGACCUACGGCUCAAACAAAGGAGAAGAGGUACAAGUGUGAGCAGUGUGACUUUUCUACAGCCUGGAAAGUCAGUUUGGCGAGACACAUGUACGUGCACACCGGUGAGAAACCCUUUGCGUGUGAGGAGUGCGGUCUAAGGUAUGCAGACAAGUACAGGCUCUACCACCACAAGAAAACCCAUAGUGGAGAGAAACCCUUUGCCUGCUCCCUGUGUGAGUACAGAACACAUAACUCGAACCACCUUAGUAACCAUAUGGCUGUGCACACGGGAGAAAGACCUUACAAGUGUGAUAAGUGUGAUUAUUCAACAAGCCGUAAAAACCAUCUGAAGCGACACAUGUUUAAACAUCUGUCAGCAGAGGAAAAGCCGCACAAAUGUGACCAGUGUGACUUUUCUGCUGUUCAGAAAGAGUAUCUUAGGGUACACAUGGCAAAACAUGGAGGGGGAAAACCGUACAAGUGUGACCAGUGUGACUAUUCUACAGUCUGGAAAGAAAGUUUGACAGGACACAUGGCUAGACACACCGGUGAGAAACCCUACAUGUGUGGGGAGUGUGGGUUCAGGACGGCUCAGAAACAAUGCUUGAAUAUCCACAUGUCAAAACACACAGGUGAGAAGCCCUUCAUGUGUGGGGAGUGUGGGUACAGGACGGCUCAGAAACAAUGCUUGAAUAUCCACAUGUCAAAACACACCGGUGAGAAACCCUUCAUGUGUGGGGAGUGUGGGUACAGAACAGCUAUCAAGGCAUGUCUCUCCAAACACAUACAGAGGAUACAUUGUGUGAAUGAUACAGAACAGAAGCCGUACAAGACAUACAAGUGUGACCAGUGUGACUACUACUCGUCAAAGAAAGGUGACUUGGACAUACACAGGACAAAACACACCGGUGUUAUACCCUACAUAUGUAAGGAGUGUGGCUACACUACAGUCAGCCAGGCCUACCUCACAAAACACAUGAGGGUGCACACAGGAGAGAAGCCGUACAGGUGUGACCAGUGUGACUACUGCACUGCUUGGAAAGGGUGCUUGACUAGACACAUAGAAGAGCACACUGGUGAAAAACCCUACCUGUGUGGGGAGUGUGGAUUCAGGACGACCAAGUCCAACCUAUCGAGGCACAUGAAGAUACACACAGGAAACAAGCCGUACAAGUGUGAGCUGUGUGAGUACUGCACACAUAGGAAGGGAAGUUUGGCAAGGCACAUGGCCACUCACUACUGAGAGAAACCCACUGUUCUCAACCUCCUGUAUAAGCUCUACAAGUAUUUACAUGAUGUGCAUUUUGUUUGAUUUGAAAUUGUUUUAAUCAAUUUCUUGUGCCAGGUCUCCUUGGCAUCUCAAAAGAAGACCAGUGAAAAAAAACAGGCACUAAGAGGACUGCCUGUAUGUAGUCCAUCAGAAAAUAGCAAAACAGACUGAGCUUCUAAAAUGGCUGACACGUUAGCCUCCUUCGCAGACUUCUAGCAGCACUGGCUUUUCUUUUUUACGGGAGCGCUGAUUUGUGAUUUUCCACUUGGGCUAAUAUUCUCAAAUGAGGAAGUUCUUGGCUAGCUUUUAGUGUUCAACCUUAGCCUGCGUUGAAAAUCAGGAAUCAACACAACCCCGUCAGUAAACCCACAAGUCUGCGAAGAGGCCAUAACUCAUACAUAGAGUCUGCAAACGAUGCUGCACUUUCCCAUAAGUUGUUGAUACCUUGUCUCCAUGGGCUCCAUUGGUCCGUACUGACUAUGGUAAAAUUGUCUCUGCCUUGUAAGCCAGGUUUCAAAUAAGAGACAUGAUAGCACAUGUUUACAGAAGAAGUGGCAAAUUUUAUGUCAGAAGCUGCUGACCAUAAUUUUGACAGCUGGAUUGUUUGUCUGGCUGCAGUACUGAUACUACCUGGUAGAUGACGCUUUGGUACCAUCAAUUUGAAUGACCAGGUGGAGACCAUCUAUGGUAGGACUACAGAAGAUCAACGGGUGUAGUGUAGCCAUGGUUAAUUGCCAAUUCUGCUGUGACAUGUACUUGGAGACAGUAGAAAAGAAUUUUGUCGAAAAUUUCAUUAAGCACACUAUGCGCACGGCAUACUUAAGUGGAGAAGUAUAUCAUUUAUUAUAUCAUUGUAAUCAUACACAUAGAUGUAGGUAGAUGUUUGGAAUAUACACAUUAGGCCAUGUUGAUUUGAUUAUAUGGAUCACAUCCUCUGGGAACCACAAAACUGAUCUACGGUGCAUAUUUGCUCAUAUUGUAGCUGAUUUGUACUAUUUACUCUAUGGCCGAAAACACUUCUGAUGUGUACAUGUAUUAGCACGUUCUGUCACUUAGACUUUUAUGUGUAUUAGUACGUACGUUCCGUCACUUAGACUGUAGUAGGCGGUGACGUUGUCACUCUCAAUUAUUGUUUUCUAUGUCAAGUAAAAGUCUGUAGUCGUACCGUAUAGGCUGCCCUUUAGGGCGUGGUCACGUGUGUCAUGCGAUCGUCGUACGAUCGCAAACUUUUGGCAUUUUGGAGGACUAAAAUGUACGUCUCCUGCAAAGUUUGAAUGUCUUGGUACACAAAAUGCUGUUUUGGAUCCUUGCUGGUAGUUGGUUCUGCCACGGCCUGCUUGAAAAUCCUAUGACAUCAAAUUCUUAUGUGACCGCGCCACAAGUCUGUUCUUAGACUUCUGUGUGCUCAACAGCCUUUUUGUGUAUUUAUUUUUUAUUACAACCACAAAUUUACUGGCGUCGCUCUGAUCUAUGAAAUAUGCACAGUUUAUCAUUAUAUUAGUAGCUUAUUUAGAAUAAUAAUAAACAAUUUCACAACAAAUAAAAGUUUCC